UCCACCCCCUACUUCACUGUGGCUUUAUCGCUACCUUUUUAAGUCCAAUUUCAGUGUCCAGCCCACUUAUUUUUACUUGAUGCUCUGUUCUUUCUGACUGCUUUUACUCAAUUUGCCCAUCUAUCACAGAAUAGCACCCUAAACACCCAUCCCCCCAUUUUCAACUAUCUUUACCCUUCUUACAUUUUUUUGUCUUUACAUCUUCUAUCUGUCCCUCCGAUCUUUAACCUAAGUGCCCUGUCUCUUUCCCCGCUCUUCCUUGGACAUCUCUAGUUGAGAUCAGUAUGUGGUCCAACUUCUUUGUGCAGCAGGAUGAGGAUGGUCGCAUUGGGGUGGCAGGGGCUAUCCAAGGUGGGGGUUUGGGUGGCAUGAAAGGUGGAAGGGGACAGAGGCGAACCAACAGGAUGAGUGACAGCCUAGAGGGGAAGAUCAAGCUGGCAUUCUUUGUGUCUAUCAUUGGUGUGACCCUGACAGUGUUGGGCAUGGGGACAGAGUUUUGGGUGGAGCUGGCCCAACCAAAGAAUUUCAAUGGCAACCAGACCUGCCAGAUGGCGCAUUAUGGCCUGUGGAAGGGCUGCAUCCGCACCCUAUGGGUGGCUGACAUAGACCCAGAGAGGACAAGCUGCGGCCCCACUGAACUACCUGGAGAAUCCAACUGCACCUACUUCAAAUUCUUCACCUCUGGGGAGAACGCAGUCAUAUUCAAGAAGACGACUAACAAGAGCUUGAAUCUAGCAGCAGCUGUCUUGGCAUUGAUAAGUCUGACCAUGAUGGUGAUGGGCGCCAUCUGUAUCAUCAUGUCCCUCAGCAAAGGAGUUCCCUUCUUUCUCAAACCAGCAUCCUUCUGUUUUAUCCUGUCAGGCGUCCUGGUCCUUCUCUCUAUCCUGAUAUUCCACCAAUCAGUGUUGGCCCUGCUGUCCAGUGACCACUCCAUACCAGUAUACCAUGAGCUGUCCUGGUCCGUGAUGUGUGCAGGCUCAGCAGGAGCCAUCCUUAUUUUUGGAGGUCUCCUUUUCGUCAUCCUCUCGCUUCCUUUCAGCCCCUGGCAGAAAUGCUUGCAGCACAAAAACAGCGCCACUUAGCACUCAGCACUUCGCUAAAAUAUGCAUACAGUAUUCUUGAUGUCUUGCUUGAGAUCCAAGUGUAAAAGUCUGUUUCCUGAGGGGUGCAACUUUGAGCUUGCUUUUGGCAUUUAAUUUGUCAGAGCGCUCAUACAAGGUCUUAAUUACAUAAAUGAAGAGAAGUCAGCAACACAUGAGGAAACCCUCCAGGUUUAGGUUUUGCAAACAUUUGUUCCAGUGUUUUUAGUUAUAAAUAGAUGGAAGGACUGACAGGGCUCCUGCUAACAGUUUAAUAUGAAGCUUUAUGUGUGUUUACUUAAACAAGUAUCACAAAUAGACUUGUUGGCCUGCCAAGAGCUGUACAACCACACAUAAAUCUAAUGUCUCUGCUAGUAUAAGGAAGGUGAAUAAAACAUUUUUUUACAUGCUCAGCCACUUUUAAAUCUCUGUUUAAUAUGGAAGCCCAUUUCCACAAAGGAGGAAAUAUAAGAAAGUAAAAAUAUAGAGAGAAAAAACAUGAGAAGUUUGGCAUGAUGCAAAAUUAUGAGAUUGUAAGUCAAAGUUUUGACUUAUUAAAUCAAAAUGAUCAGAAUCUGUUACAAGGUACAAAGAAUGUGUUUUGGCGUUUAUUUCCACAAAUGUAACAAAGGAGAAAAAG